AUGGUGUCCAACCCAAGUGAUACUCCAGGUGGUGGAUCACAAUCCUGCUAUUUGGACCGCUCGAGAGUGACGGAUCGUGCGUCAUUUCCGCCUCAAUACGUUCGCAUCCUCUCGCAACUACUGGACGACGGCGAGGAAGUAACCAAUUCACAGCAACUCGGCGCCAUGCUUCAAAUAACCUCCGCCCAGAUCCGGAAAGACCUUUCCUAUUUCGGGCGGUUUGGCAAGCAGGGCCGCGGCUACCGCGUACGUCAUCUGCUGACCGAGUUGAAGCAGAUUCUGGGGUUGGACGCCGAAUGGAACGUCGCCGUGGUCGGCGUGGGCCGAUUGGGAAACGCGAUCCUCAACUACCCGGGUUUCAAUCCCGACGGGUUUCAUCUGGUGGCCGCGUUCGAUAACAACCCCAGGCAUCUGGGCGAGGAUGUGGGCGGCGUUUCCGUGGAGCCCAUGAGCGCAAUGGCCGAGACGGUGGCCAGCCGCAACAUCACCAUCGCCAUUGUCGCCGUACCCAGCGUUCAUACCCAGUCGGUUGUCGACCAGUUGGUUGAGUGCGGCGUGCGCGCUAUCCUCAACUACGCGCCCAUCACCGCCCAGGUCCCGGCCGGUGUGUGGGUACGCAACAUCGAUCCAGUGCUGGCCCUGCAGUCCAUGACUACUAUCUAA